AUGGAUAUGAAUGAAGUCGUCCCUAUUCAAAUCGAGACAUCAACUGGUCUACUACUUAUAGCCUCAAUCUAUAUCCCGCCAAAAGUGAAAAUCAAUAAACGGCUCUUCGAGGAGUUGUAUCAGAUCAACAACGACUGUCUCAUUCUCGGAGAUCUAAACGCAGCCCUACAGGCACAAGGAUCGAAACGAACAAAUUGGAAAGGACGUCAACUGCAAGAACUACUGGACGAUGGAUUUCUACAAUGCAUGGACAAUGAUCUUACCACAUACGAACGAAACGAAUAUGAAGAGAAACUCGACUGGAUAAUCGCAAGUCAGCCAAUCAUCUUCUAUAUCGCUAACGUCAACACCCAUCCACCAUUAGGUUUACUCAGUGGUCACAAGCCACUAACGCUCAAGCUGUUAGCAGUGGCCGAUCAAAAACCGCAGUCGCCGCGAUGCGCAUUCAACUUCAAGUCGGCGAUCUGGUCCGUAUAUCGACAACAGCUAAACAGGCACCUUGCAACUUGGGACACAACGAAGAAAUUGCAGACAAUUGAUGAUAUCGACUCAUACACAAAAUUUGUCACUGACUGUAUUGUAACAGCAUCGAAAGCAGCAAUUCCACCUGCUAGACUAUCACUGAAGCAGCCUGAACCCAGCGCAACAACGAAAAAACUAGUCAACCUCAAACAUCAGGCGUAUCGACAAUGGAAGAAGAGCGAUCGCAAUGCCGACAAGAAACAAUACUACAAUCUAAAGUACUCGUGA